AUGGGUGGUGGAAACAGAAACGCGUUUGGAUUGGCAUUUGACGCAAAUGGAAAGGUAUGGAAUUCUAGAUUGUGCAACGCUGAUUCGGACAAUGAUGGAAAAACAAAUGGUGUUGAACUCGGAGAUCCAAACUGUGUAUGGACCGAGGGAGCUGUUCCUGAAAUUACAAGCGGACUGUCGCAUCCAGGUGUUUGCGAGCCUUGGGACUCGGAGAGAUGUUUGGCGCACAAUCAGUGGGAAUUCUGUGACAGGGAAGUCUUCUCUUGUCCAGCCAUGGAUGCAACAGAGGAUCUAAAGGGUGGUGAGUCUGACGUUCGGACUAAAUUUGCAACUCCAACAUUAUGUGGAAUGGACACGGGUUGUACCAAUUUAAUUACUGGCUGGGGUCCUGGCUUACCAGGACAGUGUUUCUCGGAACGCGCAGCUUUCAGGAUUGGAAAACACGGAUACAAAUAUGCAGUCAUGCAGAUGCAUUGGAAUAACCCCGAAUUGCGUUCCCAUUACACCGACAGUUCUGGUUUAACAUUGUUCUACACACCAAACUUGAGGCCCAAUGACGCUGGAUCCUUUGUAGUCGGUCAGCGUUACCUCGAUAUCAAACCAGGAUUAGAAAGUCACACGGAAACUGCAAUGGCUUCGUCCAGUUGUACUCGAAAAAUGCUUCCCUACCCUAUUCACAUACUCAAUAAUGUUCUACACAUGCACUAUUUAGGAAAAUCAGGCUACAUAGACCUUCGUCGUAAUGGAAACAAGCUGAAAACGUUAGGUCGAGAUGACGUAUUUAGUUACGAUUCCCCAGUUCAACACGUACAUGAUCCACCGAUAGAGUUCCUACCCGGUGAUGAGGUAUUCGUUAGUUGCACCUUCGAUUCACGCUCAAAAUCAGAAACCACUUACUACGGCUACGAUACAUCAGCUGAAAUGUGCUACGGAUUUUUCCAGUACUACCCGGUGAUUGGUAACUUGACAAGUAUGUUGAAUUACAAAGACGUCGAACUUUGUUUCAAUUGGGGUCCCAGAGGGGGAGGUGAGGGUCUCAUUGUUGGAGGAUGUAGUUUGACGAAUGCGGUCAUUCAAUCCUUUUCAAUGAAAGUCAUGGCGAAAUGCUCGAUGACCGGUGAUGUCUGUCAACCAGAAUGCAAGGAGAUGGUCAAGGAAACCAGGUUGAAUGACGAGUGUAUGGGGAACGAAGACGUUUUUGGACUAGUAAAGGUUUUAUCAGAGGGAGAACCUCGACUUGAAAACAUAUGGAGAGCAUUUGAGUCUUGUGACGAUGAGAUUAAGAUGGAUGAUGUUCUCACGAGAUUAAUAUUAAGCCUAGUUUGA